AUGUUUCGGUCUGUCGCCUUCGGCCGUCGUGCCCGUCCGCUCGUCGCAGUGCCUAUUCAAGCUUUCCGACCGCUCAACUUCUCUACGACAACAGUUGCCCGGGCGGCCGAGAUUCGCGAUGUGUCAGCUCUCCCUCGUAGAAUCAUUCCAAAGUACCGCGAUCCUCCGAAUUCGACGUCAGGGUUGCUGUCUUUGCAUUGGCCUUCACCGCCGCGCAACAUCCUUCUUAUGCCGAAGUUACGAUCCCCUCAGGUCCUUCGUGCGACGAUAGACUUCGCGAAGCACUUGAACAGCACCUACACCGGCUUGAACUUGAUCUUCGAACCCAGAGUGGCGCAGAUGGUUCACGAGUCGUUGAACUUUCCUAUCUACACUUGCGAUCCCUCGACUUUCCCAGAUAAGAUAGACAUGAUCACGACUUUGGGCGGCGACGGCACUAUACUGCGAGCUGCCAGCCACUUCAGCAUGUACUCCUCCGUUCCUCCAAUUCUUGCCUUCAAUUUUGGCACGAUUGGCUUCUUGGCGGAAUGGAAAUUCGAAGAAUACAAGAGGGCGUGGAGGGAAGCAUAUAUGAGUGGCAGCAGCGUCGCCGUCGAGGAUCUCCUAACUCCUCAUACAAGAGUCGCAAGUGGAGAGAAGGAGCACGAGCCUAACGUUAAAGGAGACAACGGAUGGCAUAACUCUCCGGGGAAAAGCAUGGGACCUAGCCGGGCGGCCAAGAUUCUGCUUAGACAUCGUCUACGCGUAGGCGUCUUUGACACGAAUGGACAGAAUAUUAAUGGCCAACUGCUGCCAACUACAAAGUCCCAGGCACACCUCCCAACAGCCCCUCCCGAAGACACAAUCUUGACCAAACGAGACAUACCUCAACCCAUCCACGCACUCAACGAGCUUCUUAUUCACCGUGGCCCGAAGCCUCAUCUCGCCCACAUCGACAUAUAUCUAAACAACCGGUUUCUGACGGAAGCUGUGGCGGAUGGUAUCCUCCUUAGCACUCCUACAGGCUCAACAGCUUACAGCCUGAGCGCUGGCGGCUCCAUCAUCCAUCCUCUCGUCAAAUCCCUUUUGAUCACUCCCAUCUGUCCCCGCAGUCUCAGUUUCCGACCACUUGUGCUUCCUCUCAACACCAAGGUCACGUUGAAGGUUAGCAGCAAGAAUCGUGACGGCGAGCUUGAGGUUAGCAUCGAUGGCAAGCGCAGUGCUGGAGCACCUAUCGGCACCGAGAUCCGCGUCGAGGGCGAGAUGGUUGGCGAAUCAAGCAGCGGUGACUGGAAGGGCGGCGUCCCUUGCGUUAUCUGCGGGCCAGGUAAAGGCGAUGCUACAGACUACGACGACGAUGGCUGGGUCGGGGGCCUGAACGGCCUGUUAAUGUUCAACUACCCAAUUGGAAGAGGGCAGUAA